CAAACGUAGAACAGACUUCCUAGGGUAUGGACAUCAUGUACGCGAGCAGAUCGAUAGAGUCUAUGGCCACCAUGCCAAUGAUUCAGUUGCAGUGCAAAGGACCCAAUGGAUCGGGUCCUGACUGGGUGCCCUUAAAACAGGAUUGGAAAAGUAGGUGGUGCACCCUUCCUGCUUGCUAUAUUGAAGAUUUGGCGGGACGAAUAGAUGCUUUCGAAACUAGAGAAAGUGAUGUCUUUGUGGUGACAUUUAUGAAAAGCGGUACUACAUGGAUGCAAGAGUUGGCCUGGCUUUUGCUAAAUGAUUUGGAUUUUGAACGGGCUAAGAGCAGUUACCCAUUUCAUCGAAGUCCUUUUUUAGAAUACUCUGCCAUUAACCCUGUGGUCGCUAUAGAUUCUGUAGCUAUGUGCAAUCAAAUUCAGGAUAAUUCCCGUCUGAUUAAAUCCCAUUUGCCUGCCCAACUUCUUCCGAGAGAAAUCUGGAAACACGGCCGUAAGAUUAUCUAUGUGGCGCGUAACCCCAAGGAUGUUGUGGUUUCUUCAUACCACCAAAUGAAGGGCAUGCACUAUUCGGAGGGCAGCUUAGACGAUUUCGUGGAGUAUUUCAUUGCUGAUAAAAUUAUGUAUACAUCUUUUUGGGCACACGUUAUUGACUUUUAUAAAAUGCGCAAUGAGGAGAACGUUUUCUUUGUGACCUAUGAGGAUAUGUCACGAGACCUUCAAGAUGUGGUCAAGCGAUUAUCGCGCUUUUUGAAUUGCAAAGAUCUGAGCAACAGUGAAAUGGAAAAGCUCUUAAAUCACCUGAGUUUUAAAAACAUUAAAGAAAGCAAGUUUGGUAAUCCCACUGGUUUCAUAAAAACUCUUCGAAAAACUACUGACGAUUUUGAAUUUAUGCGGCGCGGAAUUGUCGGCUCGUACAAGGACGAAUUAAGUCUUGAACACAAGGAUAAGAUUGAUAAAUGGACAAUGAGUGUUCUCGAAGAGCAUGGAUUAACUGAAUCCGACAUUUUUGGGGAAUUUUAAGAAUGUA